UUAAUUCCUUUUGCUCUCAUCAUCAUACCCUACCCUCUCUAGAGGCAAAGAAAGAGCCGUUCCUUUCAUGGCCAUUGUUGACCGCGACGGCAGCGACGCCCAAUGGCCUCUGCUGCGAGAAUCUGCGGUGGAUGGCGACCGCAAUGGCGGGGAUCAUGAAAACGAGGAGGAGAAGAGCUUGAGCGUGAGGGUGUGGGCUGAGACGAAGAAGCUGUGGCACAUAGUCGGCCCUGCCAUCUUUAGCCGCGUGGCCUCGUACACCAUGAACGUUGUCACGCAGGCGUUUGCGGGGCACCUCGGGGAGGUCGAACUCGCAGCCAUGUCCAUCGCCAACACCGUCAUCGUUGGCUUCAAUUUCGGCCUCUUGUUAGGCAUGGCAAGUGCGCUGGAGACGUUAUGUGGCCAAGCCUUCGGCGCAAAGAGAUACCACAUGCUUGGCAUCUACAUGCAAAGGUCGUGGAUCGUGCUCUUCCUGUGUUGCUUCUUGCUGCUCCCGUUCUACGUGUUUGCCACGCCGCUCCUGAGGCUCCUGGGGCAGCCGGACGACGUGGCGGAGAUGUCGGGCACGGUGGCUCUGUGGCUCAUCCCGCUGCACUUCAGCUUCGCCUUCCAAUUCCCCUUGACGAGGUUCUUGCAGAGCCAGCUUAAGACCCAGGUCUUGGCGUGGGUCUCGCUGGCCGGCCUAGCGAUCAACGUGCUCACGAGCUGGCUCUGCGUCUACGUGUUUGACUUUGGCGUGGUGGGGCUGUCCGUUGGCUUGGAUCUCUCUUGGUGGUUCUUGGUGCUCGCGUUGUUCGCAUACACCGCUUGUGGCAAUUGCCCGCUGACGUGGACCGGCCUCUCCAUGGAGGCUUUCACGGGGUUAUGGGAGUUCGUCAAACUGUCCGCUGCUUCUGGAGUUAUGCUUUGUUUGGAGAACUGGUACUACAGGAUACUGAUACUGAUGACUGGAUAUCUGCAAAAUGCCACGGUUGCUGUGGAUGCCUUGUCCGUCUGCAUGACCAUCAACGGUUGGGAGAUGAUGAUCCCUCUUGCCUUCUUUGCUGCAACCGGGGUGAGGGUGGCAAAUGAGCUUGGAGCUGGGAAUGGCAUGGCUGCAAAAUUUGCGACUGCUGUAUCCGUGGUGCAAUCAACAAUAAUCGGCUUCUUCUUCUGUGCUCUCAUCAUGGUUUUGCAUGACAAAUUCGCAUACAUUUUCACUUCUUCCGCUGAUGUUCUUGAAGAAGUGGACACGCUUUCUUAUCUCCUAGGUGUCACCAUACUUCUCAAUAGUGUUCAGCCCAUUCUAUCAGGAGUUGCUGUUGGAUCGGGAUGGCAAGCAUAUGUUGCAUACAUCAAUUUGGGAUGCUACUAUGUCGUUGGUCUACCUCUUGGAUUUCUCAUGGGAUGGGUCUUCCACUUAGGUGUUAUGGGUAUCUGGGGCGGAAUGAUUUUUGGUGGCACUGCUGUUCAAACUGUGAUAUUAGCCAUAAUAACAGUUCGAUGUGAUUGGGAGAAAGAGGCGGAGAAAGCUAAAGUGCGGGUUGCCAAGUGGUCGACUCCAACCCUUGAUGACGAUGAAUCAGCGGCCAGCUGAAACACAUUAUUUGAACUAGCCAUUAACUCAACUGGGUUUACAAUAACACAGGCGAGUUCUGUAUAGUUCAUCUGAUUAUUCAUAUCUAACACUACCAAUCUAUUAUAAGCAGUUGCCAACUUAAUGCAGAUGAUCAUAGAUGCGAAGUUGCUCGGUUCGGUGUAACAGCAAGGAUGAGGAUGUAUCAAACCAGUAGCAUCCAUGGCUAUUUGCUCCUCUUCAUGCAACCUUCUAACAAUCCUCUUUGGUUGCAUCUAUAGUUGAUCGUCAAGCUGGAGAAAGGACCAUAAACAUAACCGAGAGAAGAUGAUUAUUUGUUGAUUUUUUAUGCUUUCGAGAGACUCUAGAAUAUUGGAUUUUGAGAAGGCUUGGUUGUUCUCUACAAGUUUAAGAUCCCAGCUUCCUAGUCGUUAGUGAUCUGCAGUUUUAUCUGAUGUGAUCCCCAAAAUGCAUUGAGCAUUAUCAAUUUAUUGAAGAACUGCUAUAUAAGUCAAA